GUGGGAGGCAAGCAGGCAGGCAGGGCAAUCGCACUUGCAAUUCAUAAAGAGCUGGUGUGCUGCUGCUGCUCUGCUGCUGUGACUGCCGUCGGAUUUGUUGCUGCUGCUUCUGCUGCUGCCGCUGCUGCUGCUGAACUGACGACACCCGCCACCUGCGACUCAGCGAGCGAACGAACGCGAGUUCUGAACCGCUUCCUUCCUACUACGCACACACGAUACGACACGACCCCCGUCCAGAUCCUACACGAAGCGAAGACCCGAAGCGAAGACGAACCCCCCGAGACGAGACAAGAUGGGCAAGCGACGAUCGCACCGCACGCAAUCGGGGUCAGGGCUGCCCGCGCGGCGGAAGGUGGUGAUAGUCGGGGACGGAGCGUGCGGCAAGACGUGUCUGUUGAUGCGAUUCUCGAACAACACGUUUGACCCGGACGCGUAUGUUCCGACUGUGUUUGAGAACUACGUGAAGGACAUUACGCUGGGGAAUGGCGAGAAGGUCGAGCUCACGCUGUGGGAUACUGCGGGCCAGGAGGACUACGAUCGACUGCGCCCCCUGUCGUAUCCUGACACCGACGUCGUCCUCAUCGCGUUCUCGGUUGACUCCCCGGAUUCACUCAACAACGUCUACGAUAAGUGGAUUUCGGAGGUCCUCCACUUCUGCCCCAUGAUCCCCAUCAUGCUGGUCGCGCUGAAGAGGGAUCUGAGAACCGAUGCUGCGACCGUCGCGAGACUGCAGCAGCAGCAGAGGGAGCCCAGAGGUCCUGUCACGAUGGAAGAGGGCCAGAAGGCCGCGAGGGAGCUAAAUUGUGAUCACUACAUCGAGUGCUCGAGUAAGACGGGCGAGGGCGUCUUCCAGGUCUUUGAGAAGGCUAGCACUCUGGGCAGAAGGGGUCCGAAGCCAAAUAAGUCCUGUGUCAUUCUUUGAUGGGCGAUGAUGGGCGAUGGGGGGGAGGGGGGAUGAUGCCGCCCCGCCAUGUCAUGUAGGAAGCGUGGGGGCGGGGGCGGUUUUGACAGGCAGGGAUGGCUGGGAAGAGGGAUUGGCGAGGCGCACUUUUUUGUCAUCUAAUGUCUUCCUUUUUUUCUUUCAUUGUGGUGGUGUUUGUUUCUGCUUGUUCCAUCGUUCGUUUUUUCUUCUUCUUUCCCGACGAGCUUCAUCUACCAUUGUAACAAAAUAUACGGAUUGAGGGUGGUGACCAUGGAACCUCGGCCGAUUGGGUGGGAG